UAACGAGUCGAUGGAGAAGAACAUGAACGUUAUCUCCUGCGCUGAAGCCGUGUUUCUCUUUUUGGGUUGUUUUCUGGCCAUCGUCAGCAAUUUGGAGGCUCAGGACCCUUCAAAACUGAGCUUAGAUUACUACUCGAAAUCAUGCCCGACCGCGCAACAAGUCGUUCGGUCGGAAAUGGAAUGUGCAGUGCGCGCAGAUCCUCAUAACGCCGCCAUCAUCCUCCGACUUCAUUUCCAUGAUUGCUUUGUCCAGGGGUGCGACGGGUCAGUUCUUCUGGACGACACGGUUUCGAUGAUAGGGGAGAAGCAAGCAGAUCAGAACGUGAACUCGCUGAAAGGCUUCGACCUAGUCGACAAGAUAAAGGAGAAGCUCGAAGCUGAGUGCCCUGGAGUCGUCUCCUGCGCCGACCUCCUUGCCGUUGCUGCUAAAGACGCAGUCGUUCUGGUUGGAGGGCCUUACUGGGAUGUUCCAGUGGGAAGGCUGGAUUCGAAAAAGGCGAGUCUGGACCAAGCGAACACAGAUAUCCCUACUUCUGAUCAGGGCCUGGCCACCCUCAUCUCCAAGUUCUUGGCAAAGGGUCUGUCAGUCACCGACAUGGUGGCGCUCGUGGGAUCGCACACGAUCGGAGUGUCCCGAUGCGUGAACAUUCGCGACAGGAUCUAUGGCGACUUCCAACUAACGUCGAAAUCAGAAGCGGCGUCAUCUUUGUACCUUACCAAGCUGAAGGAGACCUGUCCUGCGAGGGGAGGGGACGACAAUACCAGCCCGAUAGACCACGUGACGCCCACCAUCUUCGACAACGCCUUCUUCGAGACCCUCCUGCACGGAGAAGGCCUGCUGAACUCCGACCAGGAGAUGUACUCGAGUCUCAUUGGAUUCCAGACUGCCGACAUUGUCGCCAAGUAUUGGGCCGAUACUGCGGCGUUCUUCAAACAGUUUGCUGAUUCUAUGGUCAAGAUGGGGAAUAUCACCAACCCUGAGGGUGGCGAAGUGAGGAAGAACUGCAGAUUUGUGAAUGCAUAAUUCCAAGAUUGGGUUUCGUUGAACUACGACUUCGUGCGUUCGUUUUGCUUGCAUAAAUACGUUGAGUAAAGAUGUUCAGUUGGGCUUACUUCCCCCCUCCCCCUUUUUUUCUGGGGUAGAAAUGUUAUUACUUGAUUGUGGUAUUGAGUUAUAAUAAAUUAAUAGAAUCGUUCUCAUAAA